CGCAUUCUUGAUUUAUCUGAAUUCAAGCUAUAGUGUUUUAUGAAAUAGGAUACACUUCCCUCUAUAUUUUUCAUUUUUGGUAAACUCAGCAAAUUCAAAAAUGGGUUUUGAAAUUAAAAAGUUGACUUCAUUUCCUGUUAUUUCAUUAAUACUUAGAUUGUGCCUAUGUGAAAAAAUUGAAUUAUUUCAGACAGACGGACGGAUAACGAAUGUGUCGGAAUCGCAUGGUGCUCUUUCGUUGUUGGAAUGUUCGCUUAUUUUUGAAAGAAGUACGAGCAGUGUGUCUUUUAAUUACAACAAAGAUACAAAUAUUUGCGAAUUGAGUAACAAUCAUCACGAGGGUUUUACAAUAGCUUCGCCGGGAUGGAACGUGUACUCACGAAUUGUGAAUGGUGGCUGGAGUUCAUGGUUAAGCUGGAGUUCAUGCUCUGUGACUUGCAAAGAUGGAACAAGGUCAAGGACAAGAACAUGUUCUAACCCGUCGCCUAGCAAUGGAGGACAAACAUGCCAGGAUGUUGCAAUUGAAAACGAAGCUUGUAAUGAGAGAGCUUAUUGCUUUCUGGCAACUGGCUACUUUCUUGGAUCAGACGUAGUUACACAUUCGCAAGCUGCGGCGAUAUGUGAUGGUAUGUCUGCAAGACUUGUAAUUCUGGAGAGUCAAGAGGAAAUAGAUUUUCUUGGAACCCUAGUAGAAGGAUUUAGCCACUGGAUUGGAAUGACUUGCACUCAGGGUGAGAACUGCAAAUGGAGUGACGGGACUAGUGUUGAUCUUGGUUUCACGGCUUGGGCGCCGAAUGAGCCACAGGGUAGGAAUUGUGUAUGGAUUGGUUACUAUGGAAACAAAUGGGAUGAUAAUUUCUGUUAUGUAACAAAGAAAUUCAUUUGCGAAUAUCUUUGAUAUGGAAAUUAUAUCCUGACAACAAAUUAAUAUGUUUUUAAUAUUUGAAUAUUUAUUAUGACAGGUUAGUUGUGUACACAGUUAUCAAAGAA